ACAGAUAUUUUAAUGUAAAAAUUAGUUUAUUAUAAAGAAUUGACUUUUUGAAAGUUAAACUUUAUUUUUAAUAAUACUUAAGUUUGAAAUAUGUCUGCAAAGACAAUCAGUUGUCGGGCAGCAGUUCUAUGGAAAGAAGGAACUCCAUUGACAUUAGAGAAUAUAACAGUAGAUCCGCCGCAAACAGGGGAAGUCCGGAUCCGUAUGGUAGCGGCCGGUCUCUGUGCCAGUGAUGGACAUUUCAUUUGGGGAUUGGAUACUGAUAUUCAAUUAGAGUUAGAGGGCAAUCCUAUAGUAUUUGGACAUGAAGGUGCCGGCAUUGUUGAGUCAAUAGGACCGGAAGUGACUAGUGUUGAAGUCGGUGAUCAUGUAAUACUAAUGUGGUUACCACAAUGCAAUCGGUGCGAGUGGUGCUCUCAUCCAAACACCAAUUUAUGUUUGAGUUCAUCGUUUGAAUCGACACUAUAUCACGGGAACAACAAACAGACCCGAAUGAAGAUCAAUGGCAAACCUUUGCUUUCAUUUACCGGCACCAGUACUUUCUCGGAGUAUAGUGUUGUCAAAGAAACACAAAUUGCAAAAAUUACUUCAAAGGCUGAUCUGAAAUCGGUAUGCAUUAUAGGAUGUGCUGUUGGUACGGGUUAUGCUAGUGCUGUCAAUUUGGCUAAAGUACACUCUGGAUCUAAGUGUGCCGUUUGGGGUUUAGGUGCUAUUGGUUUAUCUGCGGUGUUAGGUUGCAAACAGGCCGGUGCCAAACAAAUUAUUGGUGUCGACAUAAAUGACAAUAAAGAGAGUAUCGCACGUGAAUUUGGGUGCACACACUUUGUUAAUCCCUCGACAUUAGGAAAAUCUAUUGAAGAGUAUUUCAAAGAAAUCGGUGGACUUGACUAUGCAUUUGAUUGUAUUGGUAACCAACAAGUCCUCGACUCGGCCUAUAAUUCAUUGAAUUUAUGGGGAAGUCUUGUAGUUAUUGGUUUAGGUGCCAGAGGUAACAAAGUAGUCGCUUCGGUAGCAGAGCUUUUGAAUGGACGCAAAGUAAUGGGUGCUUAUUAUGGUAAUCAAAAACCACGAAAAAACAUUGAAAAUUUAGUGGAUAAGUAUAUAUCGGGUGAUCUACCAAUUGAUGGACUAAUAACACACAGAAUACGUUUGGAUGAUAUUAGUGAAGGUUUUGAUAAACUAAAGUCUGGUAAAACAAUUAGGACUAUCAUUGAGUUUUAAUCUUAUCAUUUAAGACAACAAAUUAUAUAAUUAU